AUGCGUUCCGUCUACGCUUAUUUCCCAAUCAACAUAGCUCUUCAAGAAAAAGGACGACUUAUCGAGAUUCAUAACUUCUUGGGAGAGAAAAUCAUCCGACGAGUGACUCUUCCUGAUGGAGUGACGGCUGUCAUGUCGACAACUCAAAAAGACGAGCUUGUCAUUGAUGGAAACGACCUACAACUGCAGCCAACAUUCAACAGUCUACCGCAAAAA